AUGGCAUCAAAUAGCCCACAAGUCGGAUGGUACGGGCUCGGGUCCAUGGGCCGUCCGAUGGCCGAGAAUCUACAACAACAUCUAGCGAAUAACCACGAACGCCCAUUGAUAUACUCCAACCGAACGCUGAGUUCCGGAGAUACAUUAAAAUCUCUCGGUGCCGUACCCGCUACCGAGUUUACUGACUUGGUGAGACGAUGUGAUAUCGUCUUUACAAUGAUACCGAACGACGACGUUCUUCAACGCCUUAUGAAGCUUGCCAUUGCGGGUAGCUCAGAACUAUCAAACAAGAUCUUCGUCGAUUGCUCGACAGUACAUCCGGACACAAUUAAGAAAUUGUCAUCAGACUUAUCCGUACAUGAGGCUGUCCUUCUUUCUGCUCCCGUUUUCGGUGGUCCGUCCGUUGCAGUGACUGGGGGUCUUGUAUUUGCAAUCAGCGGCCUGGAAUCCGCAUGUCAUACUGUGGAGAAGUACAUAGUCAAUGUUAUGGGAAGGAAGCUUAUUCGCUGUGGGGGAAAUGCGUCGAAUGCAUCGUUGCUCAAGAUUGGCGGCAAUAUUAUAACUCUUUCAUUGAUGCAGGCGGUUGGAGAAGCCCAAGUCUUUGCAGAAAAAACUGGCCUUGGGACCGAAGCGAUGGAGCAGUUGAUCACCGAGUCGUUUGGAGCUAUCGCAGGCGGUUACUCUAAACGAUUGACAUCGGGUAUAUAUGCACCACCACUGGAUACACGACCGGGAUUUGGCAUUUCGUUGGCGAUCAAAGACGCUAAGCAUGCACUUUCAAUGGCCGGAGAACACGACUUCAAACUACCUGGACUUGAAUUGGCUGAUAGACACAUGCAAGCGGCUAGAGAGUAUGGCGGAGAAUGCUUGGAUAGCAGUGCCAUGUACGGCAUUCUGCGACAACAGGCUAGUCUGAGCUUUUGGAACGAAAACAGUCGUCAGGGUGGGGAAUAUACGGUAACUAACGAUACCAAUGGGGGUGCCAUAUAG